CCUGGCCAAGCCAAGGCUCAUCAUCUCACGAACCAUGGCCCAUGUACAGCCGGCGACAGGAAGCGUGUUGAACUCUAGCAGUCAGUCGACUUCGGAUCCGGAAGGGGUGCUGCCUGACGAUGUGUCGCCGCUGGAAGUGUACAACUUCGACGUCAACAAGUACAAGGACGGGUCGUUCCAGCUCGUGACGGCCGUAGACCCGCGGGUGUUUCUCAGCGGUCGUUUCCUCCGACACGACGAGUACGCGUCGCGCAAGACCAAGGUCAAUUCGGUGCAGUUCGACUGGCCCCAUUGUGGCUUCUCGAUCCGCGUCAAGCGCACGCGCGGCGUGGGCAUUCGGCUCAAGGGCGAAGGCAACUACUUCAACGUGUUUGUGGACGGUGAGUUCAAGUGCAUCUUGCGCGCGUCGUUGAAGGCCAGCUGCUGCGACGUCGUCACAUUCGAUGACGACAUCGGUGACGAAGAACACACGGUGACGAUCAGCAAGCGCACCGAGCCCCAGAUGCGCGGCGCCGUCUCGACGUUCAAAGUGUGCACGUUUUACGGGUUCGUGGUCGACAAGGCGGCGGUCGUGCUGCCAUGCGACCCCGGCUUCCGCCACCGGAUCGAGUUUAUCGGCGACUCGGACACUUGUGGGUUUGGCAACGAAGGGGUGGCGACCUCGUCCAAGGGUAUCUUCGGAAUGAAGGGCCGCAUGGAAAACGUCUACAACGGCUACGCAUGCAUCGCCGCGCGCAUGUUUCACGCCGAGGCGCACAUUUUGGCCUGGAGUGGCAAGGGCGUCAAAAGCAACUUGGGCGACUGGGGACCCAACAUGAGCUCCAUGUGGAAGAAUGCGAUUGCGUCGCGCGAGUUCCCGUGGGAUUUGAACUCGUGGCAGCCCCAUGCCGUGGUGAUUAAUCUCGGCACGCAAGAUCUGUUCCCGCCCGCGUCAUCUGAAGCGGAAAUCGUCGAAGCAUACACGGCGCUGUUAGAAGACGUCCGACAGCAUCGUCCGGACGCCCACAUCUUUUGCGUCGUGUGCGAUGAAAACUGCAUGAGCGGCGAAGACGACCUCGUGAACCGCAGUCGCAUCUCGCUGCAGCUGCAGGAAAUCACUAAAGUCGCCAUGUCCCGCGUCAAGAAGAUGGAUCUGCGCAUGCAUUACGCGUUUAUCAAGGUAACGAGUAAUCAAUAUCGUCGUCAUUGGCGUUGUUAUAUCGGUAGAUCCAGGGCGGGCUGGACGACUCUGAUUUCGCUAAUAUGCGGCACUAUGCUGUGAGCGGCCACGUCAAGUUUGCACAGGCGCUGGCCAAAGAGAUUGCAUUUCGCACUGAGUGGGAUGUCACAGCGGACGUUCAGACGAUGCCGUACCCCCAAGCCAAGAGCCAAAUCCUCGUCCCGUCCGACAAACAGUGCGCAAUAUCGUAAAAUACUAUUUUUUUUGCUUGAACCUAAUAAUCUAAUGAAUUCCCCUACCCCA